AUGGAAGCUGAUACAACAGCCGAGGAUAUCAAGAACGCGUUAACCAUCGCCACGGGAAAAUGGGAGGAGGAUAACAAAAUCAGCGAACUCCGGCCUCUAGGAAACGACACACUUGCGGCAACUGUGACACUUAAGACGGAACAUGCUGACCUAAUCGUCGAAGAUGGCUUUCUUCAAGUUGGCCUGGUGAAAUGUAGAGUCGAGAAAAGACUGACCGUAAUGAAAUGUCAGAGAUGCUGGUCACACGACCACUACACGGACCACUGCACCGGACCAGAUCGAUCUAACUGCUGCUACAAGUGCGGUAGAAGCGAUCACGUUGCGAAAGAAUGCAAGAAUGAAAACGCUUGCCCCCUGUGCAAUGAAACAGGGCACAAGAUGCCCAGAAUGAGAAACAACAACGACGAAGCGGCGGAGCUGAUAGAAAAACCAGAAACAGGUAUCAAAGAAAAACUGGUACACCACGAAAUACAUAAGGAAGGAGACGUGCCACUCGACGACUCUAUCAACACAAAGUUCGACAAGCUCAUUAACGAGACUCGUGCCACGGUAUCUUCCAUGGAUAAUAUGGAUACAUCAUUAGAGACCCACACAAAAGACCAAACAAACCCGCAAACCACGACGCAGACAGAACGACCCAAAAGAGAACACGGACUCACAAGGAGGGACUCGCUUCUCCAUUCACUGCCACCAGGGAGAAGAGGUAGUGAUAUUUCUGAUGAAAAUGAAAAAUUUAACACGCCAACGGCGGUCAUUGAUAAAACCUCUUUGGAGAGAAUGUUGAGCUGGGAACGAGACGACACAGCAGUCAGUUUAAAAUUAAAUGCGGGUCCAGAUGGGUACCUAAAAUCAUUGUUAGACAACUCCCCAGAGAUAACCUUGGUUACGAUUAGCAGUGAGGACGAGGAUACAAAUAAGAGCAACAAAAGAGGGAGAGAAAAGGACACGCCCGAACAAGUCAAGAAAAAGAAACCGGACAAGGAAAAAAAAACGGACAAGAGUUUAUGGGUAAUCUCAGCAUGGAUUAAAGAAUUAUACUACGCUGCACAAAGGGUAAAAGUGGAGACAAAGGACAUCAGCGAGGUGCCAUGUGCAAAUAAAAUGGACAGCGCUACGCAGACGGACAUAUCAGUAACAAAGGAAAUCGAUACACAGACGGAAAUAUUAGUAACAAGGGAAAUCGGUACUCGGGCUGAUGGAGAAAUAAUAAAUGAGGAUGAAAGGAGAAAGGCGGAGGAAGUAGAGAUCAGAAAGACGCUAGCUGAAGAUACCGGCUAUGAAGGACUUAGAAAGAUAAUAGAACUGGAAUGGCCAGAUAACGCAUAUAGGAAGACGAAAAUAGUACGCAUGAACCAUUCAGAACUGGACAAUGCAGAGAACGUUGUAGUGGUAGAAAAGAAGGGCUGCGAGAAACCAAACAAAUGGAGGGAAAGAUUAGCCAUACGAUUUCCAGGGUAUGAGGAGUUGAUUAAAGGAAAUGACGGUCAGGUAGACUACAUGGUUCAAACCACCAGAACGUCAAGAAAAGAACAAAACGUGGAAGUAACUAACGCGGUUUACCUAGCACCAUGGGAAGACAGGGAAAACAAUGAGAUAGGAUACCACCUGAUCAGAGACUUACGUGAAAACAUGAAAGAAAGAAAUGUCAUGAAUGCCACAGUAGUAGUAAUGGAAAUGGGGGAGCAGCUUAGGAAGAUCCUUGAGUAUGUUUUUAGCGAUGUAGAGAUUAGGUUUUCCAUAAUGGGAGAACCAGAUGAAAAGGAGAGGGAGGGAGGCCCCAAGAAAGAGAAGAUUCAUGUGAAAAGUGAAGGGAAAACAUACGCUGAGCUCCUUAAGGAUAUUAAGGAAAAGGUAAAUGUGAAACAGAAAGGGGUAGAGGUUGCAAGCAUAAGAAAAACUGCGAAAGGGGAUAUAAUAUUCGAAGUAAGCAAAGGAAAUGCUAAAUGGCUUCAAGAGGAAAUACAAAAUAAGGUCUCUGGGACAGAGGCAAGAACCCUCCAAGAGGAAAAGAUCGUGCAUAUUUCAGAUAUCGAUGGGGCAACUACAGAUGAGGAUUUGAUAGAAGCCAUUAUGACUGUAACGGGAACCAACGAUAGGGAGGUCGUAAAAAUUAGGUCGAUGAGGACCAACAGAAACGGUGGACAGGCUGCGAUAGUGGCUGCAAGGAAAGAUAUUGCAGAAAAGCUCUUAAGGGCUGGCAGAAUAAGGGUCGGGUUGAUCAACUGCCGCACUAGAGAAUGGGUACACCUGGUUAGGUGCUUCAGAUGCCUGCAAUAUGGACACCAACAAUCCGAAUGUAAGGAGGAAGAUAAUGCAGAUGCCUGCAGGAAGUGUGGCGAGAAGGGGCACAAGGAGAAAGGAUGUGAAAAAGAGUCAUACUGCUUUACGUCACGUAUCUGUUCUAUACAUUUUAACCCUAAAACGCUAAGCUUCGUAAAUUUUACGACGGUGAUUUUUAUUUUCGGCCACCAUCGUUCGGAUCCGUUAGCUAUCGGGUUCUGCGUCUAG